AUGUCAAAGCUCUCUCUUUCUCAAGCUGAGCAAAGGCAAACUCAGCUCGAUGCUUCGAGGCAGUGUCCGCCAGUUGGAGACGCCUGUCCCGCUCAUGUUCGAGAUCGUCGCGUAACCCUUUCGUUACGCGAUCAAAGAGGCUUUCGGGAACACACUCUUCCCCACGAUUGUGUGGAGAGCGUCUUUCCUCCUCCUCCGCCUCGAUUAGAGGACUCUCGCGGUGGCCAGUGCUAUCUUGUUGAGCAGCUGUUGAACCACCGCGAUGUGAACGGACGUCGGAAGAGCUACCUCGUCCGAUGGUGCGGUUAUCCCCCGUACUGGGAUGCUUGGGAGCCCCGCUCCCAACUAAUGAUCGACGUACUGGGUCUGGUUGAGCAGUACGACGCGGCACAUCCUGUGGCGCAGAAGUACUGCUAG